AUGACCAUAAAUUAUGGGAAUAAAAGUAAAACACCAAGAAUCAGUCAGAACCUGUUAAUAAACUGGCAGCUACCUCUGUCCGCCAACAGACCACCAUCCCCAUUUCUUCCCUUCAACCUCGCGAGCACGAGCAGCACGAGCUCGGCAGAUUGCGAGGUGGCUCCAGGAGAUUUCUUCAGCUUCUUCCGCCUUGGUUUUUCCGCCGCUUUGAGGUUUCUGGAGACGAGAAAAGAUCCUGAAACAAAAAAGCCUCGUGUAAAAAUCUACACUGAUAAAGAAACAGGCAUAAUAAAGGGUGAUGCACUUGUUUCAUACUUGAAGGAGCCAUCUGUUGCUUUAUCAAUCCAACUUUUGGAUGGAACACCUCUUCGUUCUGGUGGAAAGACUCUUAUGUCUGUAAGCCAAGCUAGGUUUGAGCAAAAAGGGGAAGUAUUUAUAGCAAAGCAGACUGACAAGAGAAAGAAAAAGAAAUUGAAAAGAGUUGAAGAUAAGAUUCUUGGAUGGGGUGGACAUGAUGAUUCAAAGGUGCAAAUUCCAGCUACUGUCAUUUUGCGCAAUAUGUUCACCCCUGCUGAGUUAAGGGAUGAUGAGACUCUUCAGCCAGAACUUGAACAAGAUGUUAGGGAAGAGUGCUCAAAGUUGGGGGCUGUUGAUUCAGUCAAGGUGUGUGAGAAUCACCCACAGGGUGUAAUUUUAGUGAAAUACAAGAACCAGAAAGAUGCUGAAAAGUGCAUUGAGCUAAUGAAUGGAAGAUGGUUUGGUGGAAAACAAAUACAUGCAAGCAUAGACAAUGGCUCUAUCAACCAUGCUCUUAUCCGUGAUAUAGAUGCCGAGGUGUCAAGGCUUGAACAGUUUGGCGCGGAGCUGGAUGCAGAUUGAGUUCACUUGACAAAAUGCAUUUGUUGUGAGUUGGAUGGAAAUGAAUAUUUAUGUAGCUUGCAAGUAGUUGAAUCCAUCUUUAAGAUUGUAGCUACUGAUGAGCUUUGAAUCUUGGUACUUUCUUCUAUCCUCUAUCCUCUAUCCUCUAUCCUCUAUCCUCCGUUAUCGAGUAGGGUACCAACACUUAGUAUCUCUAUUGAUAACAUUGAAGGUUUUUGUAAACAAUAGAAACUAUGGAUUGCCAUU